AUGCAGUUCUCCGCUCUCUCUCUCUCCAUGGUUGUCUGCCUUGUCGCCCUCGUCGCAGCGACUAUGGCCCCCGGUGCUGUCGCGGCUCCGCAUGGAAAUGGCUGUCUGCAAAAUGAUGGCGUAGAUGUAUUCGCGGAGGCAGAGGCCGGGACCGCGUACAUCGAGAACCGGUGCCUUUAG